AUGGAGAAUGUAGAUGCGCCGUCCUCACCAACCCCGCAGGCGGCAGAAGCCGGUCCCGAUCUGACUUCCGCCGCCAGCUCGGAUGUGUCGAGCUCCGAAGAGCAUCUCCCUCCUAUCCUCGAUUCUCCCCAUCUUGUCGUACGCUUGAUCCAAUGCCAGCACUGUUCCCGCCCUCUGCACACUCCGCUCCGACUCCCGUGCGGCAACUCGAUUUGUCGAUCGUGUCUACCGGCAGUUCGUCCCCGCACGGGCAUUACAUAUCCAGUGGCGGAGGGCAGAGAAGAAGGAUUUACAUGUUAUUGGGCGGGAACUAGGAAUUGUGUUGGCGAGCAUUGUGUUGGCGAUUGCGGUGUGGAUGUCGUAUUGUGCAAUGUGUUGGGGCUCUUCCAAGAGGAAUUAGCAUUUCCCACGCCGGAUGCCGAAACGCCAGGGAAUACAGGUGACAACGGUCGGGUUGUGCGCUGGAAAGUCCAUCAGAAGGAAACAAACUCGUCGGAGGCUCAGAGUGCUCAUCUGAGUCAACGUGGGUGGCUAUGGGGUCUAUAUCUCCUUGCCUGGGAAGGCCGGCUUCCAUCUAACGCGACAGAGGUCAUUUAUGAAUGCUCGCCAGAUAGUGCAGAGGAGCAAAUUCAUCAACAAGAUGACCAAGUUCGCUUCGAGAAGCUCAGGGACAGGCUCCGGGCUGAAGUAGAUUGUCAGGUCUGUUACUCCCUUAUACUGGACCCCCUGACGACUCCCUGCGGCCAUACCUUUUGUCGAAAGUGCGUGGCGCGGGUUCUUGAUCACACCGAUCUAUGUCCCGUCUGCCGACGAAAGGUUGGCAUGCCGGCUGCUGUCCAGGCGGAACCCUUGAAUCGCACCAUCAGUCAGAUCAUCGAUCACUUCUUCGCUGAUCAGGUUGCGGCUCGGCGCGAAGCUGAUGCAGAGGAUGAGGUGGGAGGAGAUCAUGAGAAAGAUCUACCCCUCUUUGUAUGCACUCUGUCAUUCCCGACCAUGCCGACUUUCCUGCACAUCUUCGAGCCGCGAUAUCGGCUGAUGAUUCGCCGUGUCGUGGAGAGCGGGAACGGUAAAUUCGGCAUGGUCAUGUACAACAGACGGGGCCGAGAUCAGGGAAAUGGACUAGGCAGUACGACUUUCAUGCAGUAUGGCACCGUCCUGGUGGUCGAACGCUAUGAAUUGUUGCCGGACGGACGCAGUCUCGUGAUUGCCACGGGCGUCUCACGAUUCAAAGUCCUCGAGGCUGGGGAACUGGACGGCUAUCACGUUGCAAAAACAGAGCGUGUCGAUGACAUUUCUCUCGCAGAGGAAGAGCGACUAGAAGCGAUGGAAACAGCAGCUGCCGCGAUACCGGACCCAACGGACGCAAUUACAUCCGAGCCUGCUUUGGAUACCAUGUCUACUCAAGAACUGCUCGACCUCUCGCGUGACUUCAUUCGAAACCAGCGACAAUCCGGCGCACCGUGGCUUCAUCCACGUGUGAUGCUAGCCUACGGGCCAGUCCCGACGGAUGCGGCCCGAUUCCCGUGGUGGUUUGCCAGUAUCUUGCCCAUCGCCGAAGAGGAAAAAUAUCCCAUUCUUUCGGCCGUGAGUGUCAGAGAGCGGUUGAAGCUUUCCGCACGGUGGGCACGAGAGCUGGAAUCUCGAGAUUGGUAG